AUGACGAGCCGAAAGCAACUAGAAGAUGAGAAGAGUAUAUGUGUCAGUGAUUAUUCCGAGGAUCAGUUCAAUACGAAUUAUGGAUCUUUAUUCCUACAACUACAAGAAGCCAAAGACGACUCGGACGAUAUUGUGGACUAUUUGAUCAGAUCUUUUGAGGUUCUUUGGAACUCAGCGUGGAUGACGUGUAUAUUGUUAUUAUUGUUUGCAAUUCCCAUUUCAAUGCUGGUCGUUGGUAGCUCGUAUCGACAAGAUUGUCCAGUGGAACCUACAGUGCCUUUAUAUCUGUUAAUUUUCGGUGCUUGUGGAUUUCUGGAAAUCAUAAUAUUGCUCUGGCGACAAAAACGAUCUAGGAAUAAUGGAGGGUUUUAUCAGGAUCUAUCAGAUGAUUUUGACGAUGCAGUUAUCGCACGGAGCGAUAUCCUAGCGCUAAGAUCGUUUCGAGAAUACGUCACCUGGAUACUCGCUCUAUAUGGAUACAUAACAUACGCCUGUGAAGUGAUUCGACCUAUACUGUUAUGGACGUUUGGAUCUUGCUCUGAACUAAUACUAUAG